CCAGGCUCGUCGUUCGGCCACACAACACCUAUCAUUCACGCUGACACAAACAAAUAGCUUCACAGUCGUCGCAAGUAAUACAUGCAUAUAUAGCAUCAUUGACGUCUAGUGAAAGUACCUACUGCGCCUACAAACUUUCGAGCAAACCGAAAUGAGCUCUGAGAAUGAAUGAGACGUGAAAAUAAUAACAAGCCCGGCAGAGCUAAUCUAUUCAGACGGCCGCCUGCGAACACGAGUUUUUGCGCCGGCGAAGUCAUGCCGAAGUUCGUAUGCAUUCACGAAACUACUACGGAAGUGUCUUGACGUGAAGCUGUUUCUCGGUGUAUUAUACGGGAGCCGCUUGGAUUGCUCCGUGGUCAGCAUUACCGUAGGGCCGACGCUAGGCCGAAGUUGUGCUCACCGAUUGUGAGUUUCGCGGUUGAGCCGUCGACCGGACGUAUCAAGCAAUCGCAAUGCAACUUCAAGAUGAAUCGAAAAUUAGCCGCGCCCCUGAGGGCCUCCGGAGCGAGAUGUUUCGGCCGGAGGAUUUUCGAGAAAGCAGAAUUAUGGCGAACGAAACUGGCAUGGACCGUGUAAAGAUUAUGUUCGAUCUCAGUCGCGGUCUUGGACCCGAGCUAUUGCUGGUGCAGAACGCAUCUCUAUUCAGCGGGGUCUGUGGGGCCCUUGCCGGCGGAUGGAACUACGCCAGAACAGCCAGGGCCAAUUACAUUCGCAAGAACCAAGGAAGCACUUUUCUCAACCCUAAACAAGCAGUGCGGGAGCUCCAAGAUACAAUGUUUUUACAAUUUCUCAGAGGUGCCUGGAAACUUGGCUGGAGGAUGACGGCCUUUUCAGCGAUCUACAUGACCGUUGCUGUGGCAGGAUUUACAUACAGAAAUAAGUUUGGCAUCGCCGAGAAUGUUGCCGCAGGAGCACUGUCGGGCUUCUUCUUCAAACUCAACAUGGGCGUUCGUGGCUCACUCGUGGGCGCUGGGCUUGGUAGCUUACUUGGACUUGCAUCAGGAUCAGCGCUGACAGUAGGCACCAAGGCAUUGGGGGUGACGGUGAAGGAAUUUAGGUACUGGCAGCAUGACUACUGGAUGCAGGAGUACAGUGAAAAGAAGGCCUUGUGGCUAAAGGAGAAAGUGGAGAGAGAUUCGAAGUCAUCAUAACGUCAGUGCGGAAAACUUCAAUCUCAAGACCUUGUA